AUGAUUGUAAACUCACUAGUGUUGAGCGCACUGCUCACAUUCGUCAACAAAGCAACAGCGACAAACACGCAGCGCGUCGUGGAAAUUGCCGGCAUCAACACCAGCAACGUAACAAUCUGGGACUGUCCCUCAACCACCAGUCCCGAUCUCAGCCAAUCUAUGAUUCAAACCGCCAUGAACGAUUUCGCGUAUACAUUCUACACUGAAAAAGACGUCAAGCGUGCAUUUGAGCGCUAUGUAGCAAGCAACUACGUGCAGCAUAACCCCAGCAUUCCGGACGGGAGAGAUGCAGCUGUCAAGAUCCUGUCGCCAUUGUUUGGUUCUAAAGAGAAUACAUUUGAGAUUGCUCGUGUUAUGGUAGGGCCGGAGUAUACGACGAUUCAUAUCAGGGCUGGGGGUGCCAAUGACUCUUUAACAAAUGUCUUUGAUGUUUACAGAACCAAGGGCUCUUGCAUUGUUGAGCACUGGGAUUGCCUGCAGGCUAUGGAAAAGAACACCACGUCCCAUCAUCCAUACUUCUAG